CAGGAGCUACAAACCGGAACAUUCUGACUUUUUCUCUCUCAUUGAAGUCUCUUAUCCAAACCAUAGUGUGUUUUUAAAUGCCACUUUUUUAUUCCUCACUUCGGGACUUUUAAACAAUGCUGCUAAAUGUUUGAGAUGGAGAAAACCUCAGCAGAAGAUGACUGCGUGGAUUCAGGAGCCGAGACUGCAGGGUCUGAUUACAGUCCCUUGUCCUCAACCAGCAGCGAGUUCUCCAUGGGCGAGUUCCAGGACCCCUUCCUCGUCAGCGUCCACCUCAUCGCCGACCCGGGUCAGGGCCGGUUCCUGCAGCGCGCGGCUGAUGGCCUGCUGGCGUGGGUUCACCCCGAGCUGCAGCUCUUCAGGGUCUCAGAGCGGGCCUCCGUCUCCCGGCCGAAGCACCAUCAGAACCAUCAGAACGGCCCAAUGGCACCCAGCCAACCGUCCAUGGCGGUCAUCGUCUUCCUCCAGGAGGCGUACGGUGGCGAGGAGCAGAUCCUGAGUCUGCACCGCGCUCUGCAGAGACCUCCGUGGAGAUACCACCACACGGAGAAAGUCAGCAAUGGCCGCCGGAUGUUACCUCUGACGCCGUGCAGUCAGGACUUCUUCACUCUGUCGUCUGGAACGCCGCUGUGGGCCGUUCGUCAGGUCCACUACGGGAAGGAAAUAGUGCGAUUCACAGUUUACUGCCGGCAUGAGAACUACGUGGACAUGGUGCGGCUCUACAAGCUGCUGCUUCAGCGCAGGGUGUCGCAGAAGAAGGAGGACUUCUGCCUCUUCGUGGUAUACUCCAACCCCGAUAUGGAGAUCCAGCUGUCGUUCAAGAGGCUGCCGCGAGGUCAGAGUCCGCUGGUGAUGGAGUCAGCUGUGAUGGAGGUGAGGGUCCGGGAUGUGGGGACGCUGGUUCCCCUGCUGCCUCAACCCUGCAGCCCCAUCAGUGAGGUGCGCUGGCAGACUGAGGACUACGAUGGGAACAAGAUCUUACUGCAGGUCCAAGGUGCUCACUUCCACCACCAGCAGGACCCCUACUACAUCUCCUCCUCCGUCACUGAAUCCGCCUCGGCUCCAUCCACCUUCGCCCGCAGCUCCUACAGGAACCGCCGGCACCACCACCAUCGCUCUGCACCCCGACCCAGAGCCCACCAGACCCCCCACCCUGUGGCCUGCGAGGAGCCCGAGGAGCACCACCCGGAGUCCUGGAGGUCCCAAUGGAGAGACCAGCGCUCCGGAUCCCUGUUCUCUCUCCCUAACGUGGGCUCAGCCAGCUCUCGCUCCGCCUGCUCCUCACCUGGACCCUCACCAAGCCCCCACUCCCUCAACCGGAGCUCCUCCCUCAUCCCCUCUUUCCGCCUCAAUCUGGACGCUUUAGUCGGGGCGGAGGAGACGGAUGUGGACACGGGGGACCAAGUAAACCCAGAUGGAGGAGUGGAUCUCACCGUAGUGUCUGCGUAUAUUAAAUCCAGCCUGCCACAAACUCGGCCACUAUCGGCACCGCCUGAAAACAUCAGACCAUCCCUCUCUCCGGGCAUAUCGGAGGACGCCUACAGGGCGGCGACACUGGGCCGGACCCCCCAGAGCUUCACCUCCAAAACAACCCCCUACACCAUGUUUGGGUCGUGUGUCUACAGCCCCAACACGAGCGCUUCCCCCUCCCUCAGCGAUGUUUCCAUUAACCAGUCGGACAGCUGCAGCGUUAUCAGCGUACCACUUCAAGGGGCGGACACCAUAGAAGAAGAAGACGACCAAGAAUUCUACAUUUGAUAUAUUGUUUUGAGCUUUUUUAUAUGAAGGAACUAAUUCAAGUUUUAUUGGAGGCAGCAGAAGAUGCAAGGAAUAAGAAAGAGUGGAAUCCAGUUCACAUUUAAUGUCAAUGUGUUACAAAAGUGUUUUGUUUUUUUACAACCCCGCAGAGCUUGUAUGUUUUGAACAUAAGGUGGAUGUGAUCCAAAUAAUUGUGUGGAAUAAAGACAUAGAUUUAUAAACCAAUCAAUCCCACGUCCUACGAGUACGGAAGAGGAUAAGGGCCACUUGUGAAAACAAAUUUGAAAUCUGACCAAAAGUACAUUUUCUUCUUGAGUUUUCUUCAGAACUAAAACAAUUAUUGGAAUUCCGACUUUUUGUCUCAAAAUAAAUUCACUUUUGGUCAGAUUUCUAAUUUGUGUUCACAUGUGGCCCUAAUCCUCUUCCGUAUACAAUAACCCCAUCCUGACCUGACGUAAAAAAUUGAGAAAAAUAAACAACAAAACUUUUUUAACAAGAGAAAAAACUCUGCAAAAGUAGGCUCUUUGUAGUCUAUCCAUAAACUGACAGGACUCACUGUGGACAGAAAUGGCAGCUCUGCUCUGCCCCCUGGUGUUUGAUAGAGGAAUUACAGCAACAGCACGAACUUUAUUUUUCAUGUUCUUGUGUAUUUGUGAAUGUUGCUUUUGUUGCAUGUAGAUAAAAGCUUUAUAAAUGUUAUAAGUAAAUAAUAUUACACAUUUAAAGGAACUAUCACAUAACUGUGUACAGAUACAUACAAUAAAUGUUUUUCUCCUCA